UCUCCGCUUCGCCUCCGCGUCAGACCGGGACCAGCCAGGAACCGAGACAUCCAUCCCACCCGCCGCGCAUCAGACAGGGAAGACCCGCUCCACAGGAACCCCGCCAUGGAGCUGACGAAGACCAAGGCCAUCGCCGGCGGCGCCGUCGUCGUGGCGCUGAUCGUGGCCGCCGGGCUGGUCGGCCACUUCGCCACGCCGCAGACCGCGUGCGAGGAGCUUCAACAAACCAGCACCACAACGGACACGCCCACCACCACUCAAACUCCGCCCACUUUGGAGAACUACCUGCUGCCAACUUCUCUGGAACCGGUCCAUUAUGUCGUCAAACUUCAGCCUUAUGUCAAUGGGAACUUCAGCAUCAUGGGCCAUGUCGAGAUCGAGAUGGUGGCCAGGGAGGCAACUUCAAAUAUAACCCUACACAUGGCUGAUAUUACGGUGCAUGAGGACACUAUAAUGCUGAAGAACAAAGCAGACCUGAGUGCCAUCCAGACCACAGCCCACGAGUACGACGCCUCCAGAGAGUUCUUCGUCGUUCACUUGGCCGAAGAACUGCUCGUGAACGAAGAGCUUGUUCUCUCCAUGGACUUCGAAGGAGUUUUGAACAACGAGCUCAGGGGCUUCUACAGGUCGACGUAUACUAAUGCAAACGGGGACCAGAUAAUGCUGGCAGCAACGCAGUUCCAACCCACGGACGCGAGGAGAGCCUUCCCUUGCUUGGACGAACCUGCCCUGAAAGCCACGUUUGCCGUGUCUUUGGCCCGAGAGGAACACAUGUCCACGCUCAGCAACAUGAUGAUCAAGGCGACGGAGCCUGUGGAAGGUCAGGCCGGGUGGGUUUGGGACCACUAUGACACCACCGUCAAGAUGUCCACUUACCUUGUUGCCUUCGUCGUCUCGGAUUUCGAGGUCGUCAGUGCCAUGGCCGGACAGACGAAUUUCUCUGUGUGGGCGCGACCGGAGGCCAUGGACCAGGCCGACUACUCCUUGGCCGUGGGCGUGGAUUGCCUCACGUACUUCGAGUCCUACUUCAGCAUCCCUCCCCUUGCCCGAGGACAGGGGGGCCCCUUUCCCGGGCUUCCCCGGCCGGGGGCCUGGAGAAAAAAGGGGGGGGUUUAUCCCUACAGGUUUAAAAGGCUGAGCCCGGCCUCCCGCAGAGAGACCGCCAUGCUGUACUCGCCCGACGCGUCCUCGGCCGCGAACAAGCAGCGCGUGGCCGUCGUGGUGGUGCACGAGCUCGCCCACCAGUGGUUCGGAAACCUCGUGACCCCGACCUGGUGGACUGACCUUUGGCUCAACGAGGGCUUCGCUUCGUUCAUGGAGUUCAUUGGGGUUGACCAUGUGGGUUUGUUUGUUUGUUUGUUUGAUUUCCCACCCCCACCCCCUCCACUCCUCCUCCUCCUCCUUCUCCUCUCCCUCCAAGUCCUCCUUCCUCUUCUCUCUUCUCCUUCCCUCUUCCUCUUCCGUCACUCCUUCCUUCCUUUCAAAACAGGAGCUUCAGUUAUUCGCAUGAUGUACUUUUUCCUGACUGAGGCGACGUUCAAGAAAGGACUCACCAAUUACCUCAACCACUUCGCAUACGACGCGGCCGAACAGGACGACCUGUGGGAGUUCCUGACGGAGGCGGCGCACGAGGACGACUCGCUGGCCGCCGACGUCAGCGUGAAGGACAUCAUGGACACGUGGACGCUGCAGACGGGCUACCCGGUCGUCAAGGUGGAGAGGGACGCGGCGGGGACGUCCGCCACGGUCACGCAGGAGCGCUUCCUCCUCCUCGCCAGCGCCUCCGGCCGCUCCGACGCCUCGUGGUGGGUGCCCCUGACGGUGACCUCCCAGGACGCCCCCGACUUCGACCAGACGCGCCCCUCCGCCUGGCUGCCCGCGGGCGCCUCCUCGACCUCCCUCGGCGGCCUGCCCUCCGCCGACGCCUGGGUCCUCCUCAACCUGCAGCAGACGGGCUACUUCCGCGUCAACUACGACGCCAACAACUGGGAGCUUCUGAGCAAGCAGCUGGCCGACGCCCACGAGGUCAUCCACGUCACCAACCGGGCGCAGGUCAUGGACGACGCCCUCAACCUCGCCCGCGCAGGGCAGCUUCCUUACGAGACGGCCCUUGGACUGACAUCCUACUUGGCUCAGGAGAAGGAAUACACGCCGUGGGAAGCCGCCAUGAGCAGCCUGUCCUACAUCGAGAAGAUGUUUACGCGGACAGCCGGUUAUGGGCCUCUGAGGGCCUACCUCCUAGACCUCAUCACUCCGCUUUACGACGAUGUUGGCUUCGAGGACGACCUCAGCGGGCUGCACCUCGACCAGUACAAACGCGCCUUGGCCUUGAGUUGGGCGUGUCACCUGGGUCAUCCUCAGUGCGUGGCCGAGAGCGUACGGCAGUUCAGUGACAUGCUGAACGGGAUCGCCGUCUCGCCGAACCUGAAGUCGACGGUGUACUGCACGGCCAUCGCGGGCGGAGGCGAGGCCGAGUGGGAGGCGGCGUGGGCGCUGUACCUCGAGGCCAACGUGGGCGCCGAGAAGGACAGGCUCUUGUCCGCCUUGGGCUGCACCGAGGAGGUCUGGCUGCUGUCCAGGUACCUCGACAUGGCGUUCACAGAGGGCAGCGGCAUCAGGAGGCAGGACGCGCGCACAGUGUUCCGGGCGGUCGCCAACAACGACAUCGGGAGAUACAUCGCGUGGGACUUCCUCAGGAACAACUGGGAAGCCGUCUCCUCUUACAUGGGAGCUUUCACCUCUCUGGGCGAUCUCAUCAGUUACGUGACCGCUGAAUUCAACACGAAUGAGGAACUGCAGCAGCUGGAAUCCUUCUACGAGGCCAACCUGGACGACCUGGGCACCGCCACCCGAGCUUUCGAGCAGGCCAUAGAAUCAACGAGGAAUAACAUUGGUUGGAUGGGCAGCAAUUACGAGGCGAUCGUCACCUGGCUCGAUGGAGUGGCGCAAGCAGAGUGACGUGGAAGGAGGAGAAAAGGUGGAGAGAGAGAGGAAUAUCCUGCGUGGAUGAGGAAGAAAAGGUGGAGAGAGAAUGAGGAGGAUCCUGUGUGAAUGAGGAAGGAAGUGGGAAAAAAAGAGGUGGAGAGAGAGAAUGAAUAAGACGCUGAGUGGAUGUGGGGUGAAUGUGGAAGAAAAUGUGGAGAGAAAGUGAGUAAAAUCCUGAAUAAAUGUGAGUAAAAAUGAGGCAAGGGAAUCAAAUCCUGAGCGAAUGUGGAGAGAAUGUAAUGUGAAUGUGAACUGAAAGGCGCUUGUAAUCCUGAGUGGAUAUGAGGUGAAUGUGAAUGAAAUACGUGGAAGUGUGUCGAGAGAAUGUGAAUAAAAUCCUUAGUGAAAGGGAAGUGAUAGAGAAUAAAGAUGUAGAGAGAAUGUGAUGUGAAAAUUGAAUGAUAUCUGAAGUGAAUGUAAAUAAGAAUGUAGAGUGAAAUAUGGAGUGAAAGUGCAGUAGCAAAAGAUCUUUGUAACACAUAAUCAAACUUUAAACAAAUGUGAAUUUAAUGUGAGAGAAAUGUGGAGAGAAAUUUGAAGUGAGAAGUGAAGGGAAUCUUGCGUGAGCAUGAAGUGAAUGUUAAUGACAUGUGGAAUAAAAUGUGGUGUGAUGAAUAAAGUGUGGAGUGAAGUGAAGUUGUGAAAUCGAAUGAAAUUUGAGUGAAACGUUAAACUAUUGUGAAGUGAAUGCGAUUUAAAUAAAAAAUGAAGUGAAAAAAGUGAAAUGAAAAGAGACAAAUGAAGUGAAUGUAAAUGGAAUGUAAAGUGAAUGGGUUGAGGAAGUGGAAGACGGAGGAAUUAUCUCUUGAUAGGAGGAAGAGAGGGAGAGAGAGGAAAAGAAAAGAAAGGAAAGAGAAAAAGAGAGAGAAAAGAGAACGAGAGAGA